GUUCCACCUUCAUUUCCGCAGCUCGCCUUGGAAUAACGCGUCCAGUCAAAUCCCAAAUUGUACCAUAUUUACUCCGAUAAAUACAUCGUCUGAUUAUUUUUAUGAAUGCCAUGUCCAUAUAUUUGACAGAUGAACGGGAUCAAGUCGUGUGAUCUUUAUUCUAGGCGUACUGUCGCUUUUUUCAUCCUAAUUACUCGCCGUCAGAGCUAACUAAACCUUAGCCUAGCGGUGUGAUAGGCUAGGAGUCGCCUUGGACAUAAUUCGCUAAUCAUCGCCUUGUUUUGGCAGUAAAUUAAAUACAAAAACUUAGGCAAUCAUGGCUACGAGGCGUCUGACCGAUGCCUUCUUGUUAAUGCGGAACAAUGCUAUCCAAAACCGGCAGAUUUUGGCAGAGCAAGUGAGUACAUACGAGCCUCGUCUGAGUACACGUAGCAAUGCUGCGGAGCUUGAUGAGUUGGCAGAUGAUAGAAUGGCCCUGGUGUCUGGGAUCAGUCUGGACCCUGAAGCAGCCAUCGGAGUCACAAAGAAACUCCCACCUAAAUGGAUAGACGGUGUUGAUGAGAUCCAGUACGAGAUCUCGCGUGUGCGUCAGAAGAUGAAGGAGCUGGCGGUGCUUCACGACAAACACAUGAACCGACCGACUCUGGACGACAGCAGUGAAGAGGAGCACGCCAUCGAGAUCACCACACAGGAGAUCACACAGAUGUUUCACCGAUGCCAGCGUGCGGUCACAGGUCUGCAGACGCGCUGUGGUCACUGCACAGAGCAGGAGGAGAGGCUGCUCCGAAACGUGGUGUCUUCACUGGCCCAGAGUCUACAGGACCUGUCCACCAACUUCAGGCACACGCAGUCCGGAUACCUCAAAAGAAUGAAGAACCGAGAGGAGAGAUCAAAGCACUUUUUUGACUCGGGGCCUUUAAUGGAGGAAGACGAGGAUUUAGCCAUUUACGACAGAGGCUUCACAGAGGACCAGCUAAUGUUGGUGGAGCAGAACUCAGUGAUGGUGCAGGAGAGAGAGAGGGAGAUCAGGAACAUCGUGCAGUCCAUCUCAGAUCUGAACGAGAUCUUCAGGGACCUGGCAACGAUGGUGGUGGAGCAGGGAACAGUUCUCGACAGAAUCGACUUUAAUGUGGAACAAGCUUGUGUUAAAACAGAAGACGGUUUAAAACAGUUACAAAAGGCCGAGCAGUAUCAGAAAAAGAACAGGAAGAUGUUGGUUAUUUUGAUUCUGUUUGUCAUCGUGGUUGUAUUAAUACUUAUUCUUUUCGGGACUAAAUUGUAAUCAUUCCGCCGCCUUUAUUUUCCGUGUUGAUUUGUCGUGCAUCUGUGUGGUUCUACUGAAGGAAAAACAGCCUUUUAUCGACAAAAACAAUGACUUCAAGAGCACUCCCAAGACCCAAGAAGUAAGAUUUCUGUUUCAAGGACAGAAAAAAAAAACUUGUGGGGAAUUUUAAGAGACUUCUGCAGUGUUGAAACGUGUCUUAAAACAUUGUGAGUGAAUGGAAAAGUGUUAAAAAUGGCCCAGGACUAAAUUAUAGUUUCAGUUGCAGCUGGAAUUCAAAGCAUGAAUUAAUGCAUUUUUGAGCUAAAUGCAAAACAUACACAUUUAAACUCACUUAAAGGGGCUGUACUUGAUUUUUAUUUUUUUUUUCAUGUCGUAUUGCAAAAUCAGUUUUACCUCCAUAGUAUAAUGUAAAAGCAGCUCUUAGAUACAAAGCUCUGUCUACAUUUAAAGGGCCUGUACCUGAUUUUUUCCCCAUGUACUUCAGCAGAAUGUGUCUCUUUCCCAGUACAGAUAUAUUGUAUAAGAAACUCUAGAGGUCAAAAUCAGUCCACUUUGUACUGUCUAGAUCUAAUUACAAAGAGUUUUAUACUCAGAGAAUCAGGGAGUGUACAGUUAACAUGCUAGUUGUUACCUUUACUGUAGCAACAAAACUCUGAUCUGAAAGUCGUGAAAAGCACUUAUAAAGUCAUCAUGGUGAAUUAUUAUGAUGCCCUUAAUGCAUAAGAUUAGUGAGGAAUACUGCAAGCUGUUUAAAGUUCUGUUUUUCACGUUUUGAGGCAGUAAAAAUCAGGUGCAGCGUCUUUAAUUAUAAAGUAGUUUAUCUGUCACAGGAGUAGCAGGCUAUUUCUUGUUAGUGUUACCGUGACUACGCUUAGACUAUGCUAGCCCCCUGAAAGUUGUAAGAAACACAUUACAGUGAAGAAUUGGCGUGUAAGGAAUGCGUCCGUAGAGUUUGGACCGAUAAGUUUAAAAUGAACAAAGCUUGAAAACUGUAAAAUUCAGGUACAGCUCCUUUACACUCAGUUUGGGAGAUGUAAGGUUUAGAAUUGUCGACCAAAGGGGUAGAGACCAGAAUAUCCCUUUAAAUUAUCAUGUGUUUUAAUCAUUCACUGUACUAAUCCACAUUAAAGCAACAUUAUGUAACUUUUACCCAUUGUUGAAAAUGCUGUAGCAAAAUUAUGAUUAACACACCAACCCUUGCAUAUUUAAGCUGUGUUCUUCUCUCAAAGUGAAAACACUCUGGUCCAUCUUGUGAUGUCAUGUGGUACUACAGGAAGCACUCCAUUGUGUUUUUAAAUUCCAUACACCUUCACUAAAAUCAUUUAGAUCAUUUCUGCCCUGUCAAACUCUACUGAACAAAAGGUAAAAUGAGCUGUGAACAUGAAAACUACAAAACAAACAUCACACGGUAAAAAAGAGCAUUUUGAUUUUUGGUGAUGUGGACAGACUAAUAAUGCAGGAUUUACUCAUACUCGUGUGAAUGAAACAAAACACAACUCCAGGUAUGUUUUUGAGGAGGUAACAAUAUUCUAAUAUGGCUAAAAGCUCACAAGAGUCAAUUGUGCGUAAUAUGGGACCUUUAAAUAACUGAAGAAAUUUUAUACAGUAUUUAGACUGUUGCGAAAAUGACUGCUAACAUAAACGAACUAUCCAUAGGAAUGUAUAACUCUUAUGGAAGUGAACCUAUUGUUGAAGGUUACAUAAUGUUGCUUUAAAAUCCAAUAUUUCACUCUGUUGCACAAUGUUAUGAAUGAAUCUCUAAUCAGUCUCUCAUCUCUGUAAAGGUGAAGUGCCCAUUGAAAAACACUUGAGUUCUUUUAUUAUAAUGGUCCUCAGAAAAGUGCUACCUUUUUAAACCUCUUGCAGUUUGCACAUUUGGGCGGGAUUGAGCGUUUAAUGGAUGUAAAACUACUGUCAUUAUGAAAUUAUUUAUUUUUAUUCAAAUUGAGUCAGAGGGGCUUAGGCAGGACGCAGUUGUAGCUAACAAGCAUUUAUAAUUGUCCACUCUGAGAAACUGUGAUAUCAGACUUUAAAAUAUUAUGUUUUAUUGUGCAUACAGUACUGCGCAAAAGCCAGUGUUUUUGUUUGUUCUGUAAAGGUGCACUGUGUAACUUUUCUGGUGAAAGAUGUGCCAUCUGCUUUUCUCCAUGGAGAUGUUAUUGUGUUUCCUGGAAUGUUUCACAGUAUGGCAUUUUUAUCUAUACCUAUUUACCUUGCAUUUGUUCAAUUAUAGGUGCUUUUUUACUCUAAUUAUCUUGAAAAACAUGUAUUCUUACUGUGUGCGCCGCAGGUUCAUAUCGCCACAGACCUGUGACCUCUGACCUGUAACAUGGCAAUGAAGUGAAUGAAACUGUGAAACAUACUAAGCAAAUUAUCAACAUCUCCAAGCAGGUGCAGACCCUCUACCAGAAAAGUUAGUGGUACAGCUUUAAUUUAAUUCUCAAACCAAGACUGAACUUGAUCUGACCAGGGUCUAAACCAGGACUCUUUUUCUUAGCUUUUGCACAUUACUGUAUCAAGUUGUAAACACUACUCGUUCCACUGAGACUGUCCAAUAUGUCAGAUACGAAGAGCUUUAUUUCACAUAUCUCAAGACUUUAUACAGUUAUUGAAUCAUUCUGUUAUUGAUGUGAAGUUUGUGUGAACGUGUCUUAGUGGUACUCUUUUCAAAAUGUGUGAGAGAAGAGGAAGAUGAAAUGUGUUUUUUAAUAAACCCAAAAUGUAAAUGAA